AUGGGCACACUUAAGAAGCCUAAAAGGGGUGGCCAAAGCCACACCGAAGCUAUCAAUGGGCAGGUCAUGGCCUUGUCUUCUCCUAAGCUAUCCGCAGCUCAAGGCAGCAAGGCCAGCUUCUCGGACCAUCUGCUGCGCCCUCGUCCCGCUUCCUGUGCUUCACUGCUAUCGGACCAAUCACUCGUAACUACACCAUGUUUCCAAGAGGACUGCUUGCCAGCAACUGACAUGAAGAAGGGCAACGCUAGUGCCUUCCAGGAAAACCUCUGGCCGACAGUUGACAGCGAUGAGUCGGAUGAACCUAUGUCCUGCCCCAAAUCAAGAAGGGGGAGUCGAGGCGAGGACCCAAAACACAGGUUUCGUUCGAGAGUACGCAAAUUUGGCAGGUUCGGCCGAUCUGUUAAUAAGAAAUACUUUAUGCCCUCUGAUCAGCGGGAAUUAGAUCGAAAUGACACACAGCAUAUAAUCCAUCUUGACCUGCUUGACGGUAGACUCCAUCUAGCACCUCUCACCAAUCCUAGAAAGGUUCUGGAUGUCGGGACUGGAACUGGCAUAUGGGCCAAAGAAUACUCGGCGAGGAAUCCGUUUACCGAUGUCCUGGGGAUCGACAUCAACCCCAUCCCUCACUCAAACACUACCGGCAACUGCUUCUUUGAACAGUAUGACGCACGAUCCAAAUGGAGGUUUCCUUACAAGUUCGACUUCAUCCAUGCACGAAGUCUCGGAGAGUUCAAAAACGAAGAUAAGAGAAAGUUAUUUGAAAACAUCUACGAGAAUCUAGAGCCUGGUGGUUGGGUCGAGUUCAGAGAAUGGAUUGUACAUGUGCAAUCGCCAGACAAUUCACUAUGGGGAACAUCGAUCGAGCUGUGGAACAAACUGCUUGACAAAGGUGCGCGCAGCCGACCCCCAAUAACGUAUAGCCGACGUGCUGACACAAAACGGGUCUACGUCGGAUCCACAAAUCGCUCCACUUCAUCACCGCUUACAAGGAGAUACUAA